GUGAGUUGAUUGAAGGGACGCUGGAAAUGCGUGCGUGUGACUGUGAGUGGACGGAGACAUCGUUCGCCAUCAGCCCACCUGUCACCUUAAAGCGGCGUCGGUUCUCCAGCGUGGACAUAAAGGACGUCACCAAGAGACGGAGCCGCACUGCCGACAGGGUUUCUGUUGUUUCCAGCAGCGCAGACCCACAGUCAGCAUCCCCGGUCCACCACAGUCAACCACUCACCCAGUGAGGCUGUCACUUUGGCCAAGGCUCUUGCUCCACCUCUGCGUGCAUCUUUACCCUAAACCAGGGAUCCUGUGGGUGUCGUGCUGCAAACACAGCUCUCCAGAGCAAGCCGACUGACUCGGGUGGGGCUCUACGGGAAAACUCUCACCAGGGCCACGGAAGAAGCAAGGCCCACCAGCCAUUAGAAGAGCCAUGCUCCGUCAGUCCCAUCAUGACCAUAAUACCAGCAGCAUCAUCACCUCCAUUCUCCACAUCCAGCCCCAGCUGAUGCUCGCUCUGGCCCUCGCUGUACUGCUGUGUCCCUUCAGCAGCGUGCUGAGUCAGGGGGAGCCUGGCCAGACUCAGACCCAGACCCCAGCCCAGGUCCUCCAGAACCUGCUGGCCCGCUACGGGGACAAUGCCACUAUCAGCGUGCCCCAGCUCCGCUCUCUUCUGGCCCGCCUCAGCCAGGGCCAAAGCGACGGCAGCAGUAACUGGACCGCCAUUACAGAGAGACCCCCCACCACACACCCUAAAACUAACGGCUCCAAGUGCCUGCCUGCAGACACACUGGCUGUUUACAGCAUCGGUGAGCAAUCACGGCUGGAUGGGCGAGGCUUACAGGAGCUGUGUCCCACCAUGCUACAGCAGUUGGACGCUGGCGCCUGCGGGGCAGAGAAAGAGGAGGAGCUAAGCAUUGACACCGCCGCUAGGCCAUCAGAUGCUGAAGUUUGGGGAUACGGGUUCCUGUGCGUGACGCUGAUCUCGCUGUGCUCACUGGUGGGCGCGAGCGUGGUCCCCUUCAUGAAGAGAACCUUUUACAAGCGACUGCUGCUCUACUUCAUAGCCCUGGCCAUUGGCACGCUCUACUCCAACGCCCUGUUUCAGCUCAUCCCAGAGGCCUUUGGUUUUGACCCCAUGGUGGACCUGUACGUGUCCAAGUCCACCGUGCUGUUCGGAGGGUUUUACCUUUUCUUCUUCACCGAGAAGGUCCUCAAGGCGCUGCUCAAACAGAAGCACGAGGGUCACAGCCACUACCCCAGUGCAGAGCGCUACUCAGCGGCCAGUGGGGACAUGGAGGAGGGUGUGAGGGAGAAGCUGCAGCAGAAUGGCGAGGCCAGCGGCCUGGCCCUGGGCAAGGUGGACGCAGGCGAGGGCGAGCUCAUGCUGAGCCCUGCUCAGAUGCCACAGGACUCACAGAGCCCAGAGGGUGGCAGUCGGUCUGGAGGUGGCGGUGGAGGUUGUUACUGGUUGAAGGGGACGACCUACUCUGACAUCGGCACACUGGCCUGGAUGAUCACGCUGAGCGACGGCCUGCAUAACUUCAUCGAUGGUCUGGCCAUCGGUGCAUCCUUCACUGCCUCUGUCUUCCAGGGCAUCAGCACUUCAGUGGCUAUCCUGUGUGAGGAGUUCCCCCACGAGCUGGGAGACUUUGUUAUCCUGUUGAAUGCGGGCAUGAGCAUUCAGCAGGCUCUCUUCUUUAACUUCCUGUCGGCCUGCUGCUGUUACCUGGGCAUGGGCUUUGGGAUUCUUGCAGGUAACAGCUUCUCCCCCAACUGGAUCUUCGCCCUGGCAGGGGGCAUGUUCCUGUACAUCGCCUUGGCAGACAUGUUCCCUGAGAUGAAUGAGGUGAGUCGUGAGGAAGAGGAGGCCGGGGGCAAGCGCUUCCUUCUGACCUUUGCCAUCCAGAAUGCUGGCCUCCUAACAGGAUUCUCCAUCAUGCUGCUCCUCACCACCUACUCUGGACAAAUACGGCUGGAGUAGCACCGGAGACACCCGGACCAAAACUGCUCUGGACUCAUGGGAAUCAGACCCCGGGCCUUAGCUGGUUUAUUCAAUUAUACCUACACUGGUCCCAAAAUUGGACCCAGACCAAAUUUGGUCAAAAGAGAGCCCUCCCAGGGUAAUUUUCCUCCCCCCUCAGUACCCUUUAUCCCCCUCAGAUCCAGUUUUAUCCAGUUUCCAGUAGUUACUCACAGCCUAAUGUGGAGAAUAUGCUGGUUGUGCGGCAGGAACGCACCUCUGUCAAAUUUUGUAUACCUGUUCAUAUGCAGUUCCUUUAUGCAGUAGAUUACUGGCAGAUGGGGAGAGGAGGGCAGCUUUGUUCCUUCAUGUCCCUUCUUUUGACCAGGCCCCCUGCCAUCAGUGAACUCCUCCCUCUGCCAGUUUCAGAUAGAGUCUACAUCUAGUCUUCAGCUAAGACAAGUCUACAAGACAUGACAAGACAUUGUACACCAUUUACUCGGACCAUGAACUGAUGUGCAAUACUCCCCCAAUAACUCAAAUUGCCCCUUAUACCCAGGAUACUGGCAGGCCAUUUGGGCUCUGGCUUCUUCCUCCUGCUCUGAUCCUUCUCCCAUUGGACGCAGAUGAGCCUCCUGUCUAGGUGGAGGCUAUCUAGACUCAGUAGACGGUGUUUAAAUUUAGAUCAGACACCCCCUGUGUGCACACAGCUCAUCCAGGAGUGGGAUAAGCACCGUCAGGUAGAAGCAGCUGCUUUUAGACCUACUAUUUUAGACCUGUUCUGUUUCUUCCCUCGCUGAACAUAGGCGCCCUCGUCUACACCAUACAAAAAAACAAACAUGGACUCGAACUGGAACUUUUAAUCAAGUGUUGAAAGCAAAAUGACUUAAAUUUGACUUUGGUCUGUUUUGUGCAUUGAUAGAUUAUUUUUAAGUAAUUUGCAAAAACAUGAAAAUCUGGAGUCUUUUGCAGACCAGAUGUGGGCAGGUUGCUGGUGAUGUUGGAGCACUGCAUUGUGGGACAGAGUCUGUUUGGAACGGCAUACUUUCUCUCAGUUUAGUGCGCUGUUGUGUCGGAGACAUCUUCACCACGUACUGUAGUUUCCGGUCCCUGAGCAGGUCUGGACCUGUGCUGUUCCGUGUGACCGUUCUCAAGUGCAUGUUAUCGGUGGCUUGUAUCCCACUCUGAUCCUCCCGGUGUCCAGAGCGUCUGUGUCCAGUAGCUAGCCGUCUGUGCCCUUCAUGACUGUAGCACCAACGCGUCUUUUAAACUGCCUUGUUUUCUUUGUGUUUUGUGUUUUACUUCUGAAUUGCUCCUGGUCUCGGACCCUGCGGAUGCUGUGUGAUACUAUAUUCCUCAUUCACCACAUGUCCCGUGUAGUUCUUCCUUUGGUACCUGGCAAGUCUCAGAGCAUUUCUUUUUACGUCUGUUUGAUAGUCAGUAGAAUACUGCGUUUGGACUCAUAGGCACACACACUUUGCCUAAACCUUUGUGACCUUAUAAUAACUCAUAAUAAUAUGCUGUAUGGAUAAGGUUUCUUAUCGUGGGAAAUACCUCCUGCUUCUCCUGCAUCUCCUGCUCUGCUCCUCUGCAUUUUGUUUUGUUUUGUUUUUGUUUUUUGUUCUGUUUUGUUUUGCUUUGUUUUGUUUUGUUGUGUUCUGUUUUGUUCUGUUUUGUUUUGUUGUGUUAUGUUUUGCUUUGUUUUGUUUUGUUUUUGUUUUGUUGUGUUAUGUUUUGCUUUGUUUUGUUUUUGUUUUGUUGUGUUAUGUUUUGUUGUGUUAUGUUUUGCUUUGUUUUGUUGUGUUAUGUUAUGUUAUGUUGUGUUGUGUUGUGUUGUGUUUGAAACAAGGGGAACCAGGAAACUGUACUGGUAUCCGUUCUGCUAUGAAGCGGCUGACUGGGCUGAGGUACUUGUGCAGUGUUGCGGUUGGGUGUGGUCCGGAUGGUUCUGCCUGUAAGUAAGGGGGCCGUGCUGAAAGCCGAGGUGAGUGUGGGGAGGACUACACAGCCGCACAACAUUCUGCAGUGUGCAGGCGAGCUUGACUGGGCUGCUGGAGAGCUGGCUGCAGUUGACCCGGGAGUGACUGGCUUGUUCUGUGCGUGGUCGUUCAUCAGAACCUUGACGUUCUUUAAUAAUGAAAUAUGAAUAUUUGAAGAUUACAAGAUAACCCAGCAGGGAGCUGGAAGCCAUAAGUUGCAGUAGUAUUCGACGUACUCAGAACUUGCAAGAUGGGACAUUCUUACUUUUCUCCCAGAUGGAAAAGGGAAACCAAGCAAUGAAACCUCGGAGCGCAGAUGGCUGAGGACGGGUGUCUGAGAUGCUCUGAGAUCUGAGGGUAUGGAUGGGAUAUUUCAUGUCUCUGUGCUUCAUUGAGCCAUGCGCACACCAGGUAGAUCAUGUGGUUUGAUUCCCAGUGAGCCAUUGGGUCAUUGCAGUGAUGCGAUGCCAUUAAGUCGUCGUUUCUGCCCCAUGCUUCCUGGUAAGACUGUCUUUAAGAUACUGUAUAACCGUUCAUAAGUUACUUAACGAGGAGGAGCACAGCUGACAAGGGUCAGGAGCACCUGCUGCCUCUGCAGUGUGUGCUGUUCAACACUGUAAUGGGACAAACCGUGACUCCAAACACCCUCUUACUCUUCACACCGUGGCUGCCCUGGCAGCAAGCGGUGGCUGAUGACGUCAGGCGGCGUGAAGACACCGCCUGACGUCAUCAGUCGUUCGUAGUACAGAUGUGUUCUUACACACCCGUGGACUGUUGGAGCCGCGAGGUUUGUCUCGGGGACCAGUGUCGAGCCUGGGGAAGCCCUGAAUGUAGACACCGGUUGGCUGGCACUGAUGUCUCUGUCUACUUCCUGUGACGAGCCUGGGUGACGGCUCGUCACAGGAAGUAGACGAUAGAGGUUAGGGGAAGGAAUUUCAAAUAACCAUCAGGUUUUGCUUGAGGCUGUGGGGCAGUCUUGUUACCUAAAAGCUGUUGCAUGGGUGUGCGAGAACACAUGUGUGCGGAGGCCUGGUGAGCGAGGCCACGGCUGGUGGUGGUGCUGUGGGAGACUGGUGUGCACAGCGCCCCCCUCAGUGUUGCUCCUCAUGUAAUUUAUGGGAAACCUCGUCAGCCUUGUGUCAUGCAACUGUGUGUGUGUCUGUGUGUGGGGGGGGGUUUAUACAUAAACAUCCAUUU